CCGUUUCCCUUUGGCCGUAAGAAAAAGAUUCCAGACACAGACACAAACACACAGACAGCGCGUCGUUGAAGAAGCAACCAUAACAACCUCCCAAACCGCUUUUUCCCCCUCUGUAACCGCCGUUCCUUCCUUCUUAUUCAUACUCUUACGAUUGCACACUUUCUGGUCUUUUCAGCUCCAAAAAGUCGUUUCGUUUGCGUGUGGCUCGUGGGAACGGGAUCUAACACAUUAAAAACUCGUGCUCAACCAUUUUAUCAUUUUGUUCUAUAUUCUUUUCUUUCCCUCCGUGGAAGGAAGAGAAGGAUUCAUACUGGUCACAAUCUGAAGGAAUAAAGAGGCAAAAACAAAAAUUCUUCUACCGUUGUGUUUAGCUUUUGGGGAGCUUCUGAGCCUUCUUGUUGACUUGGUGUUGUUGAAUUGAAAUGAUGUUGAAUCGCGGGUCAAAUGUUUCGGCCGAAGGGGGUGGAGAUGAGCUGUAUUCGCAGCUAUGGAAGGCAUGUGCGGGACCACUGGUGGACGUUCCUCGUGUUGGAGAGAGGGUCUUCUACUUCCCUCAGGGGCACAUGGAACAAUUAGAGGCAUCAACGAAUCAGGAAUUGAAUCAGAGGAUUCCGUUGUUCAAACUUCCCUCGAAGAUCCUUUGUCGCGUCGUGAACAUUCAUUUACUGGCUGAACAAGAAACUGAUGAGGUUUAUGCACAGAUUACUUUGGUGCCGGAAUCUAAUGUAAGGAUCACUGAUGAGCCUACGAUCCCCGAUCCAUCCCCUAUUGAACCAACAAGGCCAACAGUUCACUCGUUCUCCAAAGUCUUAACUGCUUCAGAUACCAGCACCCAUGGCGGCUUUUCUGUUCUCAGGAAACAUGCCACAGAGUGCCUUCCUGCUUUGGACAUGUCCCAACCAACACCGACUCAGGAAUUGGUUGCGAAGGAUCUUCAUGGUUAUGAAUGGCGCUUCAAGCAUAUAUUUCGAGGUCAACCACGCAGACACUUGCUCACAACAGGGUGGAGUACUUUUGUGACUUCCAAAAGAUUGGUUGCUGGAGACACCUUUGUAUUCUUGAGAGGGCAGAAUGGGGAAUUGCGCGUAGGAGUGCGCCGUCUUGCUCGUCAGCAGAGUAACAUGCCAUCAUCUGUAAUUUCCAGUCAGAGCAUGCACCUCGGUGUGCUUGCUACUGCCUCUCAUGCUGUUGCUACUCAGACACUUUUCGUAGUUUAUUAUAAGCCACGCACGAGCCAGUUCAUCAUCAGCCUCAACAAGUAUUUGGAUGCUGUCAACAACAAAUUUAGUGUUGGGAUGAGGUUUAAGAUGAGGUUCGAAGGGGAUGAUUCUACAGACACUGAUAAAAGAUUUUCGGGUACCAUUGUUGGAUUGGAAGAUAUAUCUCCUCAUUGGGAAAAUUCUAAAUGGCGAUCACUCAAGGUUCAAUGGGAUGAACCUGCAGCUGUUCCAAGACCUGAUAGGGUUUCCCCAUGGGAGAUGGAACCCUACGUGGCUCCUGCUCUUACAUCCUCAGUUCAACCUGCUGUUGUAAAGGCCAAAAGGCCUCGACCACCAAGUGAACAUCCCGAUCUCGACACCCAAUCGGCUGCCUCAGUUUUCUGGGAUUCAGGUCUUACACAGGCUGAUAUGACACAGCAUAGUGUGAUGGCCGAAAGUAAAAGGAGUGAUACUACCAGCGUGUGGCAUCAUAAGCAGAUCGAUAUGAAUAGUAAAAGCAACAGCAAUCUGAUGUCAAGGAAUCAGACAGAAGGAAGUUGGCUAUCUUCCCCCCAUUCUUCUUGUCCUUCGCAAUUAUUUCAGGACACAAUGGAUGACAGCAAGAGCGUCUCAGCUUGGCCUGCUCCAAAUCCACACUCGUCUAGAUUGAACAAUGAUCAUGUGCAUGAUCAGGUUGACAAGGAAAACAAAGCUGAGACUGCUACGAGUUGUCGACUUUUUGGCAUUGACCUUAUUGAUCAUUCCCGGAACUCGUCUGCUGUAGAGAAGGCGGCUGCACAGGCGGUAAACGUUCACAGUUUCACCUCUGAAGGCUGUGUGAGCACAGUUUCCAAAACUGAGGCAGGUCAAAAGUCUGAUGCCUCGAAGACUGGUAAGGAGAAGAAACAAGAGCAGCAGCAAGUAUCGCCAAAAGAGAGUCAGAGCAAGCAGAUAUGUAGCAGAAGUCGCACCAAGGUUCAAAUGCAGGGUGUCGCAGUAGGUCGUGCCGUGGAUCUGACUAUGUUGGAUGGCUAUGAGCAUCUUAUUGUUGAAUUGGAGGAGUUGUUCGACAUAAAAGGGCAGCUUCAAGACAGGAAUAAGUGGGAAAUUGUCUUCACUGAUGAUGAGGGAGAUAUGAUGCUGGUGGGAGACGAUCCAUGGCCUGAAUUCUGCCACAUGGUUAGGAGAAUUUUUAUCUGUUCCAGUCAAGAUGUGAAGAAGAUGAGCACAGGAAGCAAACUACCAAUCUCUUCAAUUGAAGAAGGCACUGUAAUAAGUUCAGAAACUGCUGAAACAUGAGAAAGGAAAACAAAAAAAACUGACUUUCCUUUUCCUGUCUUCUUUUCCAAUAUGUGGAUCCUUUGUUGCAAUUAUUGGUUCUUUGUGGGGGCUGGGUGGCAAAGAAGUUGGCCUAUUUUGGGCUAGGCCAAAGUUUCAUGUUAUUAUUUAGAUAUGAAACACUAGGUAAUUGUAACUCCACUUUGUAGAGACUGCAGGUUAUUUAAUUGUGCUAGAGAAGAGACCCCAGAAAAAAGUAGAUUUAUUACCAUAAUAAAAUUAGUGGGGGAGAUGGAAAAAAUUUAUUAGGUGUGGUAGCAUAUGUGAAUAUGAAGUUUAAGUGGGAAAACAAAUGUUGGGGAGGGUUGAUGUUUAAUAAAAACAAUUGCCUUCUUUUGUUAAAAGGGGCUAAUAUUAUUUGUGCUGAAUUCUGCAUUAUAAUGCAUAGUGUGGUAGAUUCCCUAUUCUGAACUUCUAAAUUCUGAUCUUGGUGAGUCAAAUGGUGUCAUCACUGAACUUGAAUUAUUGCAUUGAA